AUGAACUACUCCGCAGCCCGGUCCGCAUUGAAGACGCCUCGCCGCAGUCCCCACCCACUCGCCUUUUUCAUCGCGCGGAGACGAGAGAGUUUGCGUGCUGCCUUCCUCCCUUCCUUCAUCCCUGCAGAGUGGCAGUGGAGAGAGAAAGAAGAGCGCAACAACAGAAAGCGCACCCGCUCCUCCCGCUCCUCACGGGCCGGCAACUCCGCCGCCUCCUCGCUCCCUCCGCCUCGGAUUCCCCGGCCGCCGGCCCGCCGCAUUCCCCCGCCGACCCAGCGACAAGAGAGUUAUCUCAUGAGGAACUUUCGAGGUCAUAACCCUGAGAAAGGGAUGGUUCAUCCUCGCAAGCGUUCAAGAAAGAGGCUUAUUACUAGUGACAGUGAUGAUGAUGAUGACUAUACUGACAAGGAUUACUCAAUUGAAGAAGACGCAUCAAAGCAGCUUGUCCUCUAUGAUCCGCAGACCACACGUCGCCAGCAAAGGGAAUUCCAAGUAGCCGAGCCCAUAUAUGACUCUACUCCACUGCAGCAAAUACCCCCGAAGACAAAGUAUGGUGGACACUCCAGAGUUUUACCAUCUAUUGGGCACUAUACUGUACAGUGCGCCCAGUGCUUCAAAUGGAGGGUCGUUCCAACAAAGGAGAAAUAUGAAGAGCUGCGUGAGACUAUUUCCGAGGAACUUUUUGUGUGUGCAAGGGCUCGUGAAUGGAACCGUGUUUUAUCAUGUGAUGAUCCAGAAGAUAUGUCACAAGAUGGAAGUAGGGUGUGGGCAAUUGACAAGCCAAACAUUGCCCAAACUCCUGUUGGCUGGAAUAGGGAGGUCAGAAUCAGGGGGGAGGGUUGCAGCAAGUUUGCAGAUGUGUAUUACACUUCUCCAGCUGGGACAACGUUGAGGUCAAUGGUUGAAAUUGAGAGGUACUUGGCAGAGAAUCCAUUCUACGUUCGACAAGGGGUUUAUUUAGGCCAGUUCUCGUUUGCUACCCCAAAGCCUCUGCAAGAAGAUUAUGUCAGGAAGCGUAAAUAUUCAGCAACAACUCGUGAAUUACCGGACAUUCUUGAGCCAGUUGAAGUGAACCCACUGUGCUGGGCAGCGCCUCCUACCCGCAGAGAGCAGCUUCAGAUGGGGGCUUCAGCUUCAAACCCCGUCGACCUCGACGGCGAACCUGAGGUGUUUGAAGCACCACCCAUGCACACCAACAGGAGAAAUCUGAAUCAAGCGAUGCCGUCAUGGAGCGGGCGCAAGAAGAGAGCGGCGUCGUCUGAAGAGCCCAAGAAGAGAACCAUGCAGCAAGCUUCGGCGUCGAUCCGUCCACCGUCUCCACCCAGCUGGCCACGCCGCGGCCAGCCUCAGCGGUUUCCCAGCGACGUCGAGCAUGUGCUGUUGUGAGCCCGGAAGCGCAGCUUCCUCCGGGUCUUCCUGUGGGUUUGGUUUCAUUUUGCCCUCGACGAACAUCGAAUCGAGGAGGCGACGAUGGACGCGGUUGAUCAGAUCAGAUCGGAUGCCCGAAGCAUCGAGUUUUGGUGUUGUGAAUAUGAUGCCCAAGGCAAUGGCGUAGGCCGUAGUAUCCCCCAGAUAUAGGUUCGGUAGCUGGUUUGAGACUUGUUAGGACGUGUUGCUUGUACUGCAUAUAUAUGUAUGCUCGUAUGGUAUGGUAUGGUAUGGUGGGAUUACGUG